GUGCUUCAGUUCAGUACAUCACAUUAUGACCUCUAACCAAUGAUGGCUUAAUUUAUUUUAUUUUGUAUUUAUUUAUUUACUUUUUUGCAACAGAAAUGGCUCUUCUUUUGGCCUUGUUAUGUCUCACAAGUGUUGCAGAUGUAUUAGGAAAGCAAAGGAUAAAUUCAGAAAAUAUAACACGGAUUCUAGACCGACUUCUUGAGGGUUAUGACAAUCGACUGCGCCCGGGAUCUGGAGUCUCUGUAACUGAGGUCAAAACAGACAUAUUCGUCACAAGUUUUGGACCAGUAUCUGAUGUUAAGAUGGAGUUCACCAUGGAUAUGUUUUUCCGCCAAAUGUGGGUUGACGAGAGGUUAGCCUUUCAGGGGCCCGUCGAAAUCUUGCCUUUGAACAAUCGCAUGGUGGACAAGAUCUGGACGCCAGACACGUUUUUUCGCAAUGCAAGGACGUCACUCGCACACAACAUGACGUCUCCUAACAAGCUGUUUCGAAUCAUGCAAAACGGAACGGUCUUUUACACCAUGAGGCUGACUGUAAGUGCAGUGUGUCCAAUGGUGUUGAUGGACUUUCCUAUGGAUGGACACACAUGUCCUCUCCUGUUUGGAAGCUAUGCUUACACUAAUCGUGAAAUCGUCUACACAUGGAGGAAGGGUCUUCAAGCAUCAGUAGAUUUUCCUCCGGAAUCAUCAAGCUUACUUCAGUAUGAUCUUGUGGGCCAGACCUUGUUCAGUGAAACAUAUAAAUUCAGCACAGGUAUGUUUUCAUUUAAUGCUCAGUUUCCCCUAAAUAUUACAGAUGUCUUGUACAGUUACUGUGUAGGGGUGUGCGAUAUUUAUUGGCUUAUUUUUUUUUAA